AUGUGGGCCCCGAGUACUGGGAAGGAAUUAGGAUCGGAUUUGCCAGUGCUCUACCCCAUGGAGGAGGAGGACUGGCUCAACUAUGAAGUAGAUGUUAUUGACAUUUCUGUUCAGAAGGGUGAUGGUGUAUUCAACUCCCAUGAAGGUGGCCAAGGCAGGAAGAAGGAUGGCCAGCCUAGGGGUCUCAGCAGUAACCUGGCUUAUAGCAUCCUGGAUAUCCCACCAUGGUAUCUCUGUAUCUUCUUGGGAGUGCAGCACUUCCUCACAGCCCUGGGGGGACUCGUGGCAAUUCCACUCAUCCUGGCCAAGGACCUGUGUUUGCAGCAUGACCCCCUGACCCAGAGCUACCUCAUCAGCACCAUUUUCUUCGUCUCUGGCAUUUGCACUCUCCUGCAAGUAGUUUUAGGAGUCAGGCUGCCCAUUCUCCAGGGAGGAACAUUUGCUUUUCUGGCACCCUCCCUGGCCAUGCUGUCCCUUCCCACCUGGAAGUGCCCCAUGUGGACGCUCAAUGCCAGCCUGGUGAACACCAGCUCCCCUGAAUUCACUGAGGAAUGGCAGAAGAGGAUCCGAGAGCUGCAGGGAGCCAUCAUGGUUGCUUCCUGUGUCCAGAUGCUGGUGGGCUUCUCAGGCCUCAUUGGCUUCCUCAUGCGCUUCAUCGGCCCCUUGACCAUUGCUCCGACCAUCUCCCUGGUGGCCCUGCCUCUCUUCGAUUCUGCGGGCAAUGACGCCGGGAUCCACUGGGGGAUUGCUGCCAUGACCAUCUUCCUCAUCGUGCUGUUUUCUCAGUACCUGAAAAACAUCGCGGUGCCUGUGCCUGUUUACGGAAGAGAGAAGAAGUGUCACACCUCUAAGUUCUACCUGUUUCAGGUCUUCCCUGUGCUGCUGGCGCUCUGCAUCUCGUGGCUGCUGUGCUUCGUGCUCACAGUCACCGACGCCCUCCCCUCGGCACCUGCAGCCUACGGGUACCUGGCCCGCACAGACACCAAAGGCGACGUCCUGAGCCAGGCUCCUUGGUUUCGCUUCCCUUACCCAGGGCAGUGGGGCCUCCCCACCAUCAGCCUGGCUGGGGUCUUUGGGAUCGUCGCGGGGGUGAUCUCCUCAAUGGUGGAGUCAGUAGGCGAUUAUUAUGCCUGUGCCCGCCUGGUGGGGGCACCACCCCCUCCGAAGCACGCCAUCAACCGAGGCAUCGGCAUCGAGGGCCUGGGCUGCCUGCUGGCAGGGGCCUGGGGUACGGGGAACGGCACCACCUCCUACAGCGAGAAUGUCGGCGCUCUGGGCAUCACCAGGGCUGCCAUUUUCCACAGGAAAGCCUCGUAA